AUGUUACAGAAGGAGAAAACGAUCCUAGCGGAGCGCCAGGUCCAGGAGGCUUUCGGCCAUCAAUGGGGCAAUUAUGAUUAUGAUUCAGGUGGUGAAUGUGCUGUUCCAAUAGUACAUCGUUUUCAUUCACCAUCCAAUGGUAAUGGUCUCUUCUGGUACAGCUUCGAUGUGGGUCCUGUGCAUGUUGUUUGCUAUUCCACGGAACAUGACUUUCUUCCUUCAUCACCACAAUAUGUUUGGAUCGAACGUGAUCUUAGUUCUGUAGAUCGGACUCGUACACCAUGGAUAAUUGUUGGAUCACAUCGACACAUGUAUUCAUCGAUAGUACGUGAUGUCGGUGAUCCAACAAAAGCAAUGUUGCAAAGGUAUCUGGAGCCCGUAUUUUAUAAGUAUCAUGUCGAUAUUAAUCUUUUUGGACAUAUACAUUUCUACGAACGAUCAUGCCCAAUGUAUCAAGAAAAAUGUGUUCAUGAUGGAAUUGUACAUGUAUUAGUCGGAAUGGCUGGUCACAAUUUGGAUAUUGAUACAUAUACAGGAGAAAAAUGGAGUUUGUAUCACGAUCACCAGUUUGGUUAUACUCGAAUAUCAACGAAUAAAAUUUAUUUACGUCUUACUUAUCAUCGAACUGUUGACGAUGCAAUACUUGAUCAAUUUGAGCUAACAAAAUCGUCUGCCGAGAGAACAAAACCUUUCAUUGUAUUAUUUUUUCUAAUUAAAAUAAUUUGUAUUCAAUGA